AUGAAGACAUUGCUCAUUCUGCCGGUUGUUUUGCUGUCGAUAUUCGGGCUAUUACACAUCUUGCAGGUCCUCAUUGGUAGUGCACGUGUUUUCUGGGAUCUGAACGACGACGACCAGUUCCUUCCAAAUUGGGGGAAGUCUGGCCAUGCAGGCGAGGGUCUCGUUGACUAUCCCACGGAUGCGACCCGAGACGUGCGGCCGAUCAAUUGCCAUUCCCAUAACGAUUAUGUACGAAGAGUUCCAUUGUUUGACGCGAUUCACUGGGGUUGUACUGGCGUUGAGGCCGAUGUGUGGAGUUUCGGUGAUGAGGAGCUCUAUGUUGGGCACAGUACUGCAUCGUUGACCAAGAAGCGCACCUUUCGCAACCUCUACGUCGAUCCUAUUGUGAAGCUUCUUGACAACAUGAAUCUGGAGACAGGUUUCGCGAACGUCACAGUCAACACAACCCAGCGUGGGAUUUUCGAAGAGGAUCCCAGCCAGACUUUGGUACUGCUCGUCGACUUCAAGACUUCAGGGAGCGACACCUUCCCACUCGUUCAUAAGCAACUGGAAGCUCUACGAGAGAAAGACUACCUAAGCUAUUUCGACGGCACACAGCUUCACUCUCGUCCCGUCACCGUUGUCGGGACUGGCAACACGCCCUUCGACCUGAUUGUCGCGGAGAAGCAGCGACGAGACAUAUUCUUCGACGCUCCCCUAGAGAGGAUGUGGGAAGCGCCCUCUGAACUUGAGGGGAGCAGUGCUUUCCAGCAAGAGGCGAUAUUAUUUUCGAACCAGAAGUCCAACCAAGGCUCGGUGGGAACGCAGGAUACCGCAAUCGACGACUUCAACUCUACAAAUUCGUACUAUGCUAGCGUUAGCUUUGCGCACUCCAUUGGUUUCGUGUGGCGGGGACGUUUAUCUGCGAAGCAAAUGAGUAAGAUCCGUGGUCAGAUCCAGGGAGCUCAGCGGCGAGGCUUGAAGACUCGUUACUGGGACACUCCAUCGUGGCCGAUUAACCUAAGGAACCACGUCUGGGACGUAUUGAUGAAAGAAGGAGCAGACAUGCUGAAUGUUGAUGAUUUGAAAGGAGCAGCUGCGGAGAAUUGGAAGAUUAGGACUCACAGAUUCUGGUCAUGA